UACAUUGCCAACUCUUAUCCAGCGUUGCCUCAGAAAAUCCUGCAUAAAAACUAGAAAACCCCAGAAAUUUACCCCGCUCCAUCUGCACUCUGCCAAAAUUCUGGGUAAAUUUACAUAUUUUUUUUUUUUUUACCCGGCACAAUCUCAAUGCAAAAAGUAUCUAGACCAGAGUGCUUCUUGCUAAUCGAAACUUAUCCAGUCCCUGAAGUCUCCAUUACAAAACCUCUCAAUCAAUUCUGAAAAAAAAAAAAAAGAAACAGAUUAGAAGAAGAAGAGAAGGUGUAGAUUUGAAGAAAGAGAGAAGACGAAGAAGAAAAGGUGCAGAUUUUAAUCUUACGCACAUUGCUUAAUGGGGUUAGACAAAGGGUCGUCCUCUAAUGCUUUGAGAGAGCCACCACCACCAGCCAGGGAGGACACACCGCUUCUGGGUGGACCACAAGCUUUGUCUUCACAAUCCAAGACCUUUGCCAAUGUUUUCAUUGCUAUUGUGGGGGCUGGCGUAUUAGGCCUCCCCUACUCUUUCAAGCGCACCGGCUGGGUCAUGAGCCUCCUCAUGCUCUUCGCCGUGGCCGUUCUCACUCACCACUGCAUGAUGCUUCUGGUCUACACUCGCCGCAAGCUCGAAUCCCUAAAAGAGUUCUCCAAGAUUGCGUCUUUUGGCGAUUUGGGUUUUACAGUUUGUGGCCCUGUCGGGAGAUUUCUUGUUGACAUUCUGAUUAUUUUAUCCCAGACUGGUUUUUGUAUUGGUUAUCUAAUUUUCAUUGGCAAUACUUUAGCCGAUCUUAUGAAUUCGAACCCCCAAAUUCUGGGGUUGGCGCCCAAGAGCUUUUACAUAUGGGGAUGUUUGCCGUUUCAGCUGGGGUUGAGUUCGAUAGCAUCGUUGACCCAUUUAGCUCCCUUGAGUAUUUUUGCUGAUGUGGUUGAUCUUGGGGCUAUGGGGGUGGUGAUGUUUGAGGACGUGUUGGUUUUUCUGAAACAAAUGCCUGCUCUGAAGGCAUUUGGAGGUCUUUCCGUGUUCUUUUAUGGUAUGGGUGUGGCCGUUUAUUCCUUUGAAGGGAUUGGGAUGGUUUUGCCAUUAGAAUCAGAGAUGAAAGAUAAGGACAAGUUUGGUAGAAUUCUGGCCUUGACAAUGGCUUUCAUUUCCUUGCUUUAUGGAGGAUUUGGAGCUUUGGGUUACCUCGCUUUUGGGGAAGAAACACAGGACAUGAUCACAGCUAACUUGGGCGCAGGCUUGGUGAGCACGUUGGUUAAACUCGGUCUGUGUGUGAAUCUGUUCUUCACCUUGCCUAUAAUGAUGAACCCCGUUUAUGAGAUAGUGGAGAGGAAGUUUUGGGAUGGCGCCUACUGCCUGUGGCUCAGGUGGUUGCUGGUUUUCUUGGUGAGUUUGGUGGCUUUGUUGGUCCCAAAUUUUGCUGAUUUCUUGUCUUUGGUGGGGAGUGGUGUUUGCUGUGCUUUGGGAUUUGUUUUGCCUGCCGUGUUUCACCUGCUGGUGUUUAAGGAGGAGAUGGGGUGGAAAGGAUGGUGUUUGGAUGUGGGGAUUGUGGUUUUAGGAAUUGUUCUUGGGGUUUCAGGAACUUGGUAUGCUCUGCAAGCAAUUCUCUCCUCAAAAAUGUAUUAAUGUCAAACCAGUAAUCAACUGUGAAUGGUAGCAUAGAAUCGAUUAUGAUCCGUCUUACCAAUGUUGGUAGGAAAUGAUCUUUCAUAUAUUAUGAUCUGUCUUACCAAUCUUGGUAGGAAAUUGUCUUUUACUAGAAGCACGCCCAAGUACAAGGGGGUUGUAUGUUUGCAAGAGAGAGCGCGAAGGAAAGGAAAAUGAAAAGGUAAAAAAUGGAGUUUCAAGUCACAAAUAAUGAAGGUAUGAUAUUACAAUCUCCAAGAAAUUGUAAUAUGUGAUGUUCCAGUGGGGGUUGAUUACGCUGGCAUUUACAUUUUAUUCUAGAAUAGCAUGUGAUGGAAUUGGAAGGCAGUUUUUCCUAUUUUCUUGUGGUCUUUAACCUGUUAUAAACGUCUCAAGUAUGAAAUGUCUUUUUUCUCGUCUGUUUCUCCA